AUGGUUCAGUACGAAGAGAGUCCUCCUCCACCCAGACGCAAAGCGGACAACAGGCAAUACAGAAAACCCUCCGGCAGCGCGCCUCAGCAACAACUGAACGGAGAAUACCCGGAAGAGGAGGAGGAAGAAAAGCCCGACGCAUUGAGUUUACUCCUUCAAAAUUCGAAAUUCACCUGUUCUUCUAGAAACGACGGUUAUUACGCCGACAACAGCAUCGAUUGUCAAGUGUUCCAUUAUUGCGUGGGAGGAGCGCGUCAUUCUUGGAUGUGUCCGGCCGGCACGGUCUUCCACCAAGUUCAUCUCAACUGCGUCCCCGCCAGUCAAGACAUUUGUAAACAAUCGGAAAAAUUCCACUUCGUUAACGAUUAUCUUUAUAAGCCGUACCAAGGACCAAAUAAUACCAUUUUAUAUCACGAAAAAUACUAUCCGGACGGAUAUUCCAUCGGAGAUCCCCUAGUCCCUCCUCAACAGCGAAACAAACAACAAGAACCUCGAUACGAAGCGCAAGAAGAAAAUUACGGCCCUCCUCCGGCUCAGCAUCAACCUCAACCCAGACCACCGCCCAGACAGUCGGCACCUCCGCCUCAAUACAAACCUCAACCUCCUCCUCCUCCACCUCCUCCUCGUUCCCAACCUUCGUACAGCGCUCCUCCCCCUCCUCGUCAUCGAGCACCGGCUUACAACCCGCCACCCCCUCCUCCGCCCCCCAGAUCCGCGCCUAAACCUCGCCCGUCCAGACCUUCGUACGAAGAACCUCCUCGAUCGUACAGAGCGCGCCCCGCCGAAAAUUUCGAAGAAGCGCCACCCAGGUAUCGACCGGAAGGACACUACAGACCACCUGCCGACGUACCCAGAAGACCCUCUUCCUCUCGACAAGUCAGCAGCUACGGAAAUUCGGCGGCCGUCCAGUACGACGACGAAUAUUAAGAGAGGGACUAUUUUUUUUUUUAAAGGCCCGACGCCAUUUUUAAAAUCUACACCACCAACCGCGAGGCUUAAAACACGAGGCGAAUUAUGUUUUUAAAUUAUAUCCAUUGUAAAUACUUCCCGAAAAAUUGUUAAUGACACGCGCCGAAUCAAUCAGGGAACCGUUUUUAUCAUUUUUAUGGUUACGUCCAUUAGCAAUUUUUCUCUUCGUCUAACCAUUAACGUAAAUUCCUUCUUUACUCGCUAAAAAAUUCUUGGUCAAUGUUUACCUAGGUAGUCCAAGAU